AUCAUUUUACCUUUCUUCUUCUUCUCUUUCUCUUUCUCUCUUACACACAUUCUCUUAUCUGUUUCUCUUUUUAUAUACUUUUCGUUGUCUUGACAAUUGAAAAAAAAACCCUUAAAAAAGACCUUUUACGGAUUAUUGUUUCUAUAUACGACCUUUAUAUUUUUUUUUUUUGUUUUUUAGCCUCCAAGCGAGAAGACUAUAAAAUUAAUACUACAUUACUACAGUUAUAAACACACACCAAUAUACACACUAUGGAAAUACUCGAACUUGUUCAUCAAGAAACCUUUCCUAAUUUCGAAAGACCUUUUGAAUGCACAUUCAAAGAUUGCAACAAGACCUUUGGUAGACGAUCUGAUCUCGUUAGACACUCUCGUAUUCAUACCAAUGAAAGACCUUUCAAAUGUCGAGAAGAAGGCUGUGGCAAAAGUUUCAUUCAGCGUUCAGCUUUGACUGUACACAUGAGAACACACUCUGGCGAGAGGCCACAUGUAUGCGAACAUCCCCAUUGUAGCAAGAGCUUUAGUGACAGUAGCUCCCUUGCAAGACACAGACGCACGCAUACUGGUAAAAGACCCUACAAGUGUCCCUUUGACGGUUGUUCCAAAAGCUUUGUUCGCAAGACGGUCUUGACGAAGCACAUGAAAAUAGAUCACGUUUUGACUGGUAGAAAGCCUUCUGUACAGUGGCAGCCAUUCAUAGAAGAGCGUCGAAAGCUGAUGCUUGAACAGCAGCAGAUGCAGAUGCAGCAACAAUCCAUGCAGCAACCUUGUGCUUGCACAGGCUGCACUUACUCUCCUCAGCAAUCAACCACACCAUUACACUGGUCACCUCCUACACCUGCAUUGUCUGGCUAUGAAAGUCCUUAUAGUACUCAGGAUGAUACCUCAAAUCCUUCUUCUCCUAUUACUACUUCUUGGCCUUAUGCAGCUCCAUUCCAACAUUUCCCAUCCAACAUGCAGCCUAAUUGGUCUUUACCAGAUAUAUAUGAUCAACAUGUUGUAUUACCCAGCUUAUCCAGCAUCAUUCCUUCCAAAGAUGACUGGUUCUUGAGAAGAGAUAGUGGUGUGUCUUUAUACUAAUUUCUCUUUUUUUUUUUAUUUGUAUGCCUUUUUAUCUUAUACCCUUUAUGUUAUGUAGAAACAGAAUUUACGCCUAUUUUUAUCCUUUACUCUCCUUAUUUAUGCAUCCAUUUUAUUCCCCCUGCACACUCAUUCACCUUUUCUUCUCCUCAUUUGAUUUCCCCCCAUCUCCCUUUUUUUUAUAUGGGAAACAUUUCAUUUUAUGCUUUAUUUCUGCAACCUUAUG